AUGACACCUUAUAGUAUCAACUUGUGGCCUAAAACACCGAUAAAUUCUUUGCAUAUAGAACAAGAUCUGAAAAACUUGGAUAAAGUUCCAAAACAUCUCGCUGUUUUAUUUUGGGGAGGAAUAAAUGAGAAAAGAUUGAAAGAAGCUGCACAAUUAUGUUGUUGGGCUUGGUGCUCAGGGAUAAAGAUGUUGAGUAUCUAUAAUGUUGAAGACGAUCUAAAAAAUAAUGCACAAUUGUUACAAUCUUACAUUGAUACUUUUUCUCGGCAUUUUUUUAUUAAUGAAAAAUUUAUUCCAAUUAUUCGUGUUACUGCACUUUUCGCAUCAACAAAAAAUGUAUAUUCAAAUAAUGAAAAUUCGAACUUACCCGAUAUGCAAGUAAAUUUGAUCUCAUACGCUGAUGGCCGUCCACGGAUAGUAGAAGUAGCAAAAAGUUUAGCAGAAGAUGUAAUACAAGGGAAAAUGACAAGUGAUGAAUUAGAUAUAGAAGAAUUAGAUCGUCGAUUGAGUGUGCCUCGUUUCUCUGAACCUCAACUUCUUAUACUCUUUUCACCAAAAAUUGAACUUGAGGGCUUUCCGCCUUGGCACAUUCAUCUUACUGAGAUAUUGUAA